GUUAUCCCUUGCACCCAUCUAGAUUCACCCCAUGAUUACUCAGCCUCGUAACCACAUAUUUAAACCCAAAGUCCUUCAUCAAGCUGUCACCAUCCUCUUGUGUGUGAACCUACGUGUGUGACUUAAGCUCUUAAAUAUCUCAAUUGGAGGAAGUCCAUGUCUGAUGAAUUUGGUGCUCUCAUUCGUCAAGGUACUUGGGAACUUGUUCCUUCUACACCUCAUCAACAUCUUAUUGGCUGCAAAUGGGUAUUUCGUAUUAAACGAGCUAAGGAUGGUAGUGUUGAACACUACAAGGCACGACUUGUUGCUAAAGGAUUUCAUCAAUGUCCGAGUUCGGAUUAUUUUAAUAUUUUUAGUCCGGUAAUUAAGCCUACUACCAUUCGUAUUGUGCUAUCCAUUGCUGUGAGUCGCAAGUGGCCUAUUCGUCAGCUUGAUGUUAAUAAUGGUUUUUUGCAUGGGAAUCUUGAGGAAACAUUGUUUAUGACUCAACCGGCUAGGUUUGUUGAUCUUAAUCUUCCAACUCAUGCCAAGCCCGUUGCUACCCCCAUUGCUCUUAACACAGACUUGCAUCUUUUAUCUGGUAUUGCCCUUUCGGAUGGCUCAGACUAUUGGAGGCUUAUUGGCUCCUUGCAGUACUUGGCUCUCACUCGCCCUGAUUUGUCUUUCUUCGUCAACAAGCUUGCCCAGUUCAUGCACAGACCCACUGAAGUACACUAGCAGGCUGCCAAAUGGCUUCUGCGUUAUCUCAAGGGAACCUUGUUUCAUGGAUUGCUUCUUCGACCCCAGUCUACUUUAUCACUUCAUGCUUACUCGAAUGUGAACUAGGUUGGUGAUCGUAGUACGAUGGUUAGUACAAUUGGUUAUAUUGUCUUUCUUGGUUAGAAUCCAAUUUCUUGGUGUGUUGCGAAAUAGAAAGCUGUUGCUCGAAGCUCCACUGAAGCUUAGUACCAAGCUCUUGUUGCUACUGCUUUUGAGCUGGUUUGGGUGUGCCAUGUCCUCAGUGACUUGGCAUUUCCUGUUCUUCAUCUCCGGCCAUUUUUUGUGACAACAUUGGUGCCACUUAUCUCAGUUCCAAUCAUGUAAUGCACUCUAGAAUGAAGCACAUUGCCAUUG